UGUCUCUCUCUGUCUCUCUCUGACUCUUUACCUCAUUCCUGCUUCGUCUCUGAGGUUGGAAUAAGGAUGCUACCCUGCAGGCUCCUGGGUCUGCUGGGCCUCAUGAUGCUCUGCAAAGGUCAGGAGGAGAGCGGGGCGGGAGAGUCCUGCGAUAACUUCACGGACUUGAACUUAUCGCACUGCUUCAUGGGAACCAGCCUGUACGUCCGCCUGCUGCUCUACACCCGCAACAACCUCGACUGUGGCCGUGAGCUCACCCACCACCACUUGUCCUCUCAGCCGCUCUUCAGGCUCCACCUCCCCACUGUCUUCGUCAUACACGGAUACCGGCCUACAGGAGCGCCCCCGAUCUGGAUCGACCAUAUCGUCCACCUGCUGGCCGAGCAGGAGGACAUGAACAUCAUCGUGGUGGACUGGAACAAAGGGGCGGCUAACCUCAACUAUUUCACAGCUGUGACCUACACCAGGGAAGCUGCUCACAACCUGACCAGCUUCAUUAUGACUAUGGAGGAGGAAGGAGCGUCACUGAGCUCAGUUCACCUCAUCGGCGUCAGUCUGGGAGCUCACCUGGCGGGAUUCGUGGGAGCAAACCUGAAGGGGAGGAUCGGACGCAUCACAGGUCUGGACCCGGCAGGUCCCAUGUUCACCAGCGCUGCGGAGGACGAGAGGCUCGACCCCUCGGACGCCAUGUUUGUGGACGUUCUUCACACCGACAUGAACUCUUUUGGACUGCGAGGAGCUCACGGUCACAUUGACUUUUAUGCAAACGGAGGAGCUGACCAACCAGGGUGUCCCAAAACCAUCUUUUCUGGUAAAUCGUACUUUGUGUGUGACCACCAACGCUCAGUGUUCUUGUUCCUGUGUUCUCUGAACCGGACCUGCAGCCUCACAGGUUACCCCUGCUCGUCCUACAACGACUACCUGGAAGGCCUCUGUCUGCAGUGCGAGGCCUUUAAACCUGCACCCUGUCCGGUGCUCGGUUACGAUAUCAGCCGGUGGAGAGAAACUCUGCUUCAGCUCGGACAGACCAAAGUCUUCUUCAGCACCACGGCCACGCUGCCCUACAGGAAGCCGAGCUACAGAGUGGACAUGGUCACCUGGAACCAGUACCUCCGCUGGGGGGUCGUCUACAUCCGGCUGCACAGUGGACGAAACUUCACUGAGGCCCGAAUAGACCAUAAGCUCCUGCGGUUCGAGCAGUACACCUCCACACGGCUGCUGGCUCAGUUCGAUGAUGAUCUGCAGCAGGUUCAGAAAAUCUCCAUGAGGAUCAACACGGGAAACGUGAUUGGACCUCGAUACAAAAUCAGACUGCUGAGGAUCCGCUUGACUCCACUGGACCGUCCUGAGAGGCCUGUAAUGUGCCGCUAUGACAUCAUCAUGGAGGAGAACAUGGAAGUAGCUUUUCGACCUUUACCCUGUGGGCCUCGUUUUUGACUCCCUGGCAGGAGACGCCUCUUCUUUUUUUCCUUCUUCUAUGGAAACGCAUCCACCAGACCGCCCGGUGCUACAGGGUCUCCCUGCCUUUGGUUGGACAUCCACUGGAGCAGGUGCAGCCUCCUCUCUGGAUGAAGAGGACCCGCCCGGUGCUGUGGAUUACCUGGAUUACUGGUACAUUAUCAUGUGGUUACUGAUUUUUGAAGCCACUUUGCUACUGUUAACGACAAGCUUUUUGGUCACAACUUAACUGUUACAAGAGCGAGUUAAACUGUGAGAACUGGAAACACAACAAGAUACAAAAAAAGCUGGGACUUACAACACGGUGAGAUCUGGUCACUUGAUGUUCAGUAUAUGUCUUUGUUUCUGUGUACAUUUUCACCCUCUUCACCAAUUUAGUUUCAUUUUGAUGAAUCAAUAUUUGAUAUUUAAUCUCCCCUUGAAUACGCUUUGAAUUUAUCAGGACAGCAGUACAAAAAUAACAAUAAUUAUCUGGCCUGCCGGGCGUACUCUGUACGAUUUCAGCACAAUUUUUGAGAGGUCUCACAACUGCACACACUUUCACAGUAAGUGAAACAACUUCAAUACACAUAAAUCUGACUUUGUCCGUGGGAGUUUUCUGUGUGAGCUCUCAGGUCGCUCCUGAAAAUCGGGUCGUACAGCAUGAGUACAUAAAUUGGGAGCUUUGCUCAUGCAUCAUAUACAUUAAAUCGCACAGUGGGAGCUGACAUUUUAACAUGACUAAUACAAUCUUACAGUGUACAAUGGUCUUAAGGGAUUUAUAAAAAAAAAUACAAUGACAAUCUUUUCUUUUAUGUAACUUUGUGUGAAAUACUUAUUUGACUGAAAGAGACCAAUGCAACUAAUUUAAAGGUUUUUGUUGAAAAGAAAUGUUGGUGCUUUAAUCUCUGGGUUAACAGCAUCUUCAAAAGUUUUGAGAACUUGGCCUAAAAACUUUUCAUUUGAAUGAUUUCCAAAUAUCCCCCAUAAAUAAAUGGCGGUAUAAUAAAUUCUAAAAGGGGAAAAUUACACUACUCUUUUUUUACACUCAGAGAACUAAAAAGCACUUCUUAGGGACUUGAAAAUGUUUCACUGAUUUUCUACCAUGGAUCAAUUUCAGUAAAGAAAAGAGAAGAGCAGAUCCCAAAAACAAUGUUUCUUGUGUGCCUUUUACCAGCAGCUCUCAGCCUUAAACCAUCCAACAAAAAAUCAUGUUGAAAUGCAGUUUUGGGGUUUGUAAUUUGAGGUUUAAAGCUGCUACAUAAACACUGUUGCUGCUAUGACGUUUAUCCACAGAAAGAAAGCGGUUGUUCUGUAGUAGUUUUGUACAAAUGUAUGAAGUUGUAA